AUGAAGUCUCAGGUCACACUGCUGCUCACCUGCAUGCUUUUCUCUAAAGCACUGUCAUUGACUUGUCAAAAGUGUAUACCAGUACUGGGGAUAUGCACCAGUGAACAGGUAACCUGUUCAGACCAGUGUCUGACCUCAUCCACUUCUGUGUAUAUGAGUGGCACAAAGCUUACAGAUAAUAUUAUUCAGUCUUGCGGAACUUCAGAAAAGUGUGUAAGUGGAAGCCUGAACCUGGGAGCAAUAGAAGUGACCACCAGUACCCAAUGCUGCAACACUAAUCUCUGCAACACUCGAACACCACCAAAACUGUCAGAGCAGUCUCCCAAUGGUGGAGUGUGUUACACCUGUGGCUUAAUUGGCUGCUCAGGAUUGGUGAGCUGUAAAGGAGAUGAAGAUCGCUGCAUCACUGCAUCAGUUCAACAAUUGGGCAUUACCGUGUCUAUGAAAGGAUGUGCAUCUGAAAGUCUCUGUGUGGCAGCUGCAUCAUCAAGCAUUCCAGGAAUCAGUGCUACAAAUGUAAAGUGUUGUAAGGGAAGUCUGUGUAACGGUGCUGGAAGCUUUAAACGGAAUUUCCUCCUUCAUAUCCUUCCUCUGCUCUGCUCCGCCCUCUUCUUCUGA